UCAAAAGCUUAAGAAAAAUUCGGCUACAAUUUGAGUGAAAUUGAGUAAAACUAUCUAAUUUGAACUUUAUUUCAUUUAUUUGAAACAUUUUUUGAAAUUAACUUUCUUUUUAUUUAUUUUCGAUCAAGUAAAUAAUCAUACCCAAUUGAGUUUUAAAAACCAAAGCUGAGAGGUCAAGCUUGGAUGGUUUUCUGCCCAGCGCCCUUUAGCCUAAUGGCAGGUUUGUUAGCCGAAAUUCCCUUUAUCCAAUCAAAACUGCUCUUCAUAUUGCUAGUCAUCAUCAACAGCCAUGCGUCAGUUAAUGCCCAAGACACCCCCACUCGGCAUUUCUGUCUCCUGCGCAUCGCGCCUCAAUGGGGAGACUUCCAGACUGAGCUGGAGUUGAGCAAGAUGCUCGGAGGCUCUGAGGACCCGACUCUGAAGGCAUCUCUCAAAGAGUCUAUGCUGAUAGGCAACUGUCCCAAGUUCCUGGAGGACCAGGACACGGAACACACCUAUGAGUACAGGAAUGUGGAUGGAACUAACUGCAUCUACGAGAGGAGAGCGGCGGCUCUGGACGAGGCAUACUUCGACUUCCGCAAAAACUACCCCAACAUGCCAGUGCCCAGUUUCUGCUGCGGUGGCUACAAGGGUGACUGCAGCGAGGAUGAUCCGACCUAUGUCAGGCCAGACACCUCAGCCAGAGCUCCCGAGGAGAUCCAGAACGAGAUCUGUUCGGCCAAACUGGCAGACAAGGCACUCAACCAAAUAGUCGCCAAUCCUCUGCACGACACUGACCCGUACCUGUCUGUGUGUGAAUCCAUAUCUCCCUUCCACUUACGAUCAUCCAAUGGACGCAUCAUGAUGUUCGAGCCCACUUGUGCGAACACAAAAUUAGCAGAAAUGGAUCAAGUGAUGACGUUUAGAGUGUACAAUGCACCAAACCCUGCUGACAAGUACUUCGAACUGGAAAUAGCCUCUACCCACAAAGUGAAGCUGGAAGUGUCAACCGGAAAAGCUUUCUUCUCCAAGUCUGGCGAGGCUUACCAAGAGGUCACCACCAACCUAGCAGUGAGCGAGCCGACAGUGGUGAAGAUUGCCAAACAGACCAGCGAUGUUCUUCGAGUCCAGAUGGGAGGCGAUAGUUUCCUGUUUUGGAAUCUGAAGGAUGGGUUCCAGCUGAUGAUCAAUAAGGACCUGGAGGUGAGAGGACUGUGUGGAGUCGCUGCUGACACGACAGAGAAGGACUUCCUUUUGUACCAGAAGAACUCAGAUUCUUCCACGUGCAGUGCCCAGAAGAACCCCGGCUCAGAGGGCAACCAGUGUUCUGGCAUGGAACAGACUUGCCUCAAGGCUCUGGACGUGUGCACCCAAGUGCACACUGGCAUCUUCGAGAGCUGUGCCGGAAGCUCCAAGGUAUUUACGGAAGAGUACGAGAAAGUAUGUGUGGAGUCCUACUGUAUGGUGGCCAAGGCGGCCAAUAUGACGAAACAGCAGAUCGCCGACAAACACGAACAGACCAUGUGUCAGACUCUGAACGCAUAUCUGUUCAAGUGUAUUUCCAAUGCACUCUGUGAUACUGAUCUACCUCAGUGUGCGAGUCAGUGUCAGGGGCAGCACGAGUACUACACAGCACUGGGCCACAAAGACCAGCUGGUGUGUGGGGUGGAGCCAGAAAAGUUCUACUCACAGCUAUCAGCCAGUGAUGUGGAGCACAGUGCUGGCUGUUUCUGCGAGGCUGGCUACUAUCGCCAGGGAGGGGACUGUGUUCCGGCUGAAGAGUGCAACUGCAGAUACAAAGGACAGAGUUACCCUCACGGACACGAACUCACCAGCGACUGCCAACAGUGCUUGUGCACCGGAAACGGAAUCUGGAAGUGUGAAAAGAAACCAUGUGAGCACACUUGUCACGUGAUCGGCCAUGGACACUUUCUCACAUUCGACGGAAAACGAUACGAGAUGGGAUCCAAACACGAGUUCAAGCUUGUCGAAGACAAGAUCAAGAAGGCAUUCCGAAUCACCACCGCCAGUUCGCACUGCGAGGCUUCUACAGGAGGAGACUGGGCCGGAUACGCGUGCAAAAAGGAGGGUUCCAUCAUCAUCUCGGAGGAUAUUUUCCAGGGCUCAUCGCAACAGCUGAAGAUCACAUUCAAGCCCAACCAUUUCUACAUCAACGGAGUGGCGCCUGCAGAAGCCGAUGGAUACGAUGCCUCUCCGGCUUUGAACGAAGUCCAGAGAUGGUCCAAAUCCUACAACACAGACUUCAACGACUGUUUCUGGGUGCACGUGGACAAGACUGGCAAGUUCCUCACAGUGACCAUCAGGUGCAAAGAGCGAGGAGAUCUGGUGCUCUGGUAUGACCAACACAACAGAAUCAAGGUCACAGUGUCCGACAGCUUCAUGGACACUGGGCUGGUCGGUCUCUGUGGUCCCUACGAUGGAUCCAAGAACAACGACGAGGUCUUCAACGGAGAGAGCAUAAAGACCGCUUCUGGUGUGUACGAAUACGCAAAGAAGGCUCUUAUCAACCCCAACAACGCCGCCAGCAUCGUCAAGCCAUCCGACAGCGAGGCUUCUUGCAGAACUAACCCCACGAUGACUUCCACUCGUGAAAACGCCUGUGAGUACCUGAAGGGUGCCAGUAGUGACCUGUUCAAGUGUCUGAACAAACACCUCGACUUCAGACCCUUCCUUCACUUCUGUCACGUGGACAUGUGCCAUGACCAGACACGAUUCGGAUUGGUCAACAGUCAUAGCUACAAGUGCACGGCCAUAGAGCACUACGUGCAACAUGCACUAGAGAAAUCUCUCAAGAAUAAUGAUCAGGAGUGUUUCCAAUUAGCCAAUGAGGAGCCGAAUUGGAGAACCGUGAUUGGCCAAUGUGAUGCGCCUCCAACCUGUGGCAGCAACUUGGUGUACAAAGAAGUAGUGGACGCCUGCUCCCAGGUGUCGUGCAAGGGCAUCACUGAAAACUCUGGAACGUCUACCGCGAACCUCUUUUGCAAGGACGCCGCCUACUCCGGCUGCGCAUGUCCAGGGGAAGGGUUCUACUACGACGAGGGCAGCUGUAAAUACAGAUCAGAGUGCCUGUGUCACUUCAAUGGGGGAUAUUAUGCCCCCAAUGAAACAUGGACAGAAGACGGCGUCCUAGAAUAUCAGUGUUACGGGGGAGUGGCUGUGAGUCUGAACUCGUGUCCGGACGAAGACAGCGUCCACCAGAGCGCCUUCUGUCCCAACAACCUCGUCUACAAACAAUCCGUGUCUUCGUGCAGGAAGUCUUGUUUCCAUGUGCGCGCCAAAAAGGGAGUGGACUAUGCUUGCGAGUCUAAGAUGACGUGUGGGUGUGUAUGUCCCGACGGAAUGGUGAUGUCCGAAGAUGGUUGGUGUGUAGAAGAGAACAACUGUCCCUGUCUCUGGAGGGGAGAACCCCAUUACACUGCAGAAACUGUGGACGACAUGGGCUGUGCGAAGUGCAACUGUUCCGGUGGUUUCUGGCAGUGCAACUAUGAUGAUUGUGAGGCCACCUGCUCUGCCUAUGGUAACUCCCACUACAUCCCCUUCGAUGGCCAGUCCUUCUCUGGCAAGGGAGACUGCGAGUACAGCCUCCUCCAGGUCAAAGCCAUCCAGUCGGGAUCCGACAUAUUCAAGAGCACGGUGCGACCUCUCGAGUGCGGGUCAUUCGGUCAAAUCUGCCACAAGGUCAUCACACUUGAAACCCUGGACAUAAAUACCAGACAGGUCAUCGCCGGAAUCGAACUGGGAGUGGGGGAGACCUCCCGCUCGCACCCAAUUGUCAAACUAGGAGGCAAUGAGGAGAUUGAGUUCACGGGCCAGAUUCUGAAUGCCACCGAGGAGCACGGAGUGUCGUUUGCGAUCAAUGACUACUUCAUGUCCGAGAUUCACAUCACACACCCUCAAGUGCCCGCUUUCAAAAUGACUCUCAGAUGGGAUGGAGGCACCCGGGUGCAAGUGAAAGUGCCACGAGUGCUGGCCAACAAGGGGGGACCCUCCUCUGUCUUCUCCUACAGUGGACUGUGUGGUAACUUCAACGGACAGGAGGAUGACCUGGCUGGGGAUGACCCCAAGGACGGACAGGAGUUCCUGGACAGCAAUGCUGUGGACCAAUGUGUGCCCAUACCCUAUGUGCCCACAGAGACAGAGUGUGAGAACAACCCGGAGCGAGGUGUGUGGGCUCGUGCACAGUGUGACCACUUCAUGGACAAUGUCAUGUUCGCCAACUGCAAAGACGCCCUUCCUCAAUUCGACCAGUUCAAGAGUGACUGUGUGAAAGACAGCUGUGACUGCGACAGGGGCGGCGACUGUGAAUGUCAGUGUAAGGUGUUCGAGGCAUUUGUGGCUGCCUGUCAAGAAGUGACGGGACAGAGGUACUCGUGGAGGGGCAUGGAAACGUGUCCUGUUAUGUGUGAUGAGAACGAGGACUACAAAGUGUGUGGGCCAGUGUUCAAGCCCACCUGUCAGAACAGAGACGCCUCCUCCAUCAUCUCCCCACAAGACGAAGGAUGCAUCGAGGGGUGCUUCUGCAAGGCAGGAUACAUCAUGGACGAAGCCACUGGCGAGUGCACCACUCCUGAUGACUGUUCCUGUGACGUCAUGGACUAUGACCAAGUGAGCCCAUACAUUGCUAACGGCGAGGGGUUCGACUACUUCUGCAACUACUGCAAAUGCAUGUCUGGUUCUGUGACUUGUCUGCCAAUCCCUGGAUGUGUGAUUGAGUGCAAACAGGACGAGUUCUCCUGUAGACCAGGACACAGUGAGUGUCUCCACAACGCCACCAUCUGUGACGGGAAGUGUGACGACCUCGUGGACUGUUGCGACGAAACAGACUGCGGUGUGUUCACGUGUGAAGAUGGAACCACCUGUGAUAACAGCACUGUAUGUUAUUCCGAGGGCGAGAAGUGCGAUGGGGUGGCUGAUUGCACCGACUUAUCCGAUGAGCUCGGUUGUAUCUGUUCGUGCGACGAUGCCUCCGACUUCCAGUGUGAGAGUGUGUCCUCCCAAGUGUUCAGCUGUGUCUGUCUGGACAGUGGCAAACAGUGCGAUAGAGUAUGCGACUGCGACUAUUGCGACGACGAGAAAGACUGCAUGUACUGCAAAGAGACAACCUACCACUGUAACAGUACCGGCUUCUGCUACCCUGACGAAAACAGGUGCGACGGGAUACCCCAAUGCUCGGACGGAUCGGACGAGUGGAACUGCGAGAGUACGACGACAGAGACCCCGACCACCACCAAGACUCCCUUCCAGUGCUCUGAGGAAAUGUCGGACAUCACGGACUCCAUGAGGUAUUCGGAAGUCAAGUGCGUCAAGGACUCCUUCCUUGUCCUUGAUAUAACUGAGGGAACUUUCGUGGAACAAGUGAAAGUAUCAGUUGGCUUUCUGAUGGACGUUAACUUUGUGGAUGUCUAUCUACUGAAAGAGGCAGACCAGAUAUCCCCAGAUGAACUGGCUGAUCCACUCUUUGCUGUUGACACCAGUGCCAUCGCAAGCUCCAAGGUCGCUCAAGGAUCUUUCCCGCCAACUACAUCGGAUGAGGCCUCCACUACCAAGGAAGUGUUGGUUCAAGUGCAAGAUGAUUUCCGAUCGCCCAUCUACUCACAAGUGCUGCUCAAGUUCGACAAGUCGUGCGACGAGGAGACAGGCGAAGAAAUCAAAUCUGAGCUGCUCGGAUGCUACCCUGAAUUGUUCUGCGGGGAGAUGUCCAGUCCCCACUCUGAGGAAGUGGAUGCACCAUGCACUGACUCCACAAACCCCCUCAGGGCAGUCUCAGAGUACCCGGUGCCAAUCGAAAUUGAGCAGAUCGAUGUUGUCAUUCCCUCCAUUGACUCGACCCAACCCAUGGAAGGCGCAAAGGUCACAGCCCUCUUCAAGAACUCAGAGGGCGAGCUCUUCUUUGUGCCGCAGGAUCUGUCAGCCGACAAUGUAUACAGCGGAAUUUUGGAAAACACCGACAUUGAGACUCUAGAGACUGCUGGUGCGAUGGUGAAGGAACUCAGAUCAUCGGCCACUUCGGACGAUCUCUACAUCUCCAUUGGGAAGAGGGGUCUCACUCUGUUCCAAGACACUGUCCAAGUGAUCCUCUUCUUCGACAAGCAGUGCUCAUCCAACCCUACUGCCCAACUCAACAUCACCGGAUGCUUCAAUGAAACUACAACUGCGUCUGUGACUUCGACCACUGAAAUUGUGACUACCACUGCUUCCGAGGCACAGGAGACGACCACUACAAUCAAAGUGUGCGAAGAGGGAAUGGAAGAAGCCGAGGUUCCCGAGGAUGAGUCAGUCGUGGACUGUGGCAAAUUGAUGGACGAAGAGGACGACGCUUUCAAUGUGGACGCCGAGAACUUCAAAGACAUUGAGAUUGUGAUCAACUUGCCUGAGGGUUCGGCCGUUGACGAAGUGAGUGUGGUGACAUUGACUCCUCUCGUGGAUGGCAGUCCAGUGGAGUUCCGAGUGUUGCUGGUGGAGAAUGAGACCUUCUGGUACUACAUUGGAAACGACGUGUCCGAAUUGGGACUGGACGACCCUGGAUUCGAGGAGAACGAGGAACAGUUUGAAACAGACAGGAAGGACCAGAGGAGCACGGCUACUGUGUUCACUCUGAGCUCUGGCUUCAUCCUUGCGAGCGAAGAAGAAUCAAAAGAAGCCACAAAGGUCAUCGUUGAAGUGUCUGGCUUGACAUUCGUGACCCCAGCAGUGACCGGAUCUGUCACCGAAAACGUCACUGAAGUCUGCACCAAGCUGCCAGACACUCAGUUGUUUGAUGUCAAAGUUCACGCAUGCGCAUCGCAGCCUUCAACCACUGUAAGCGAAGAAGUUUCCACCACAGAAUCUGAAGAAGAGACUACUACAGGAGUCGAGACAAGUACUGAAACAACGACCACUCCGUUCGUCUGUGAGCACGGCGAGGAGAGGAGCGUGCCAGUGGACGAAGAGAAAACCGAGUUCUUCCAGAAGAAGCUGUCAGACACGAGGUUCCAAGUGACGAAGAAAGCGAGCAGUUCUCCCGACGAUACUGACAAAGAGUAUAAAAUCGAGUCCCCCGAAUCGAAGGGUGUGGUGGCUAUAUACCUGGACGGAGAGGUGGAUAUCACCAGCAUUGAGUUGACGAACGAUAACGAAUUGAGUCUGCGACUGGUGUUCGAAGACGAAGAGGGAAAUAGGUUUGAGCUGAGUGCAAGCGAGCCACGAGAAGUCAUCCCGGUUGGCCCCAAUGACGACAAACUACCCACUAACUACUUCGAGACUUCGGAGAUGGAACCCGAUCUCAGUUUCUCAGAUGCACCCACUUCAACAGUUCCUGGACAGGAAGACUCCCUGAAAUUUGACUUCCUAGUCGUAGACAAGAACAUCGACACUAUAUUUGUUCUCUUUGAGGACAAGACGGGAUCGAACAAGACUCUGGAACUGUCCCAACUGGCUAUUGAAGGAUGUUUCCAUCCCAAGUUGAAGGAGUGCGACUCCUCGGAACUGCCAAUGUUACUGGAACCAGAAACCAUCUCGGUGGUCCAGGCCAGUCCAUCGUUUGUCAGUUCGCCGUCCGACGAAGACACUAACGAGCUAAAUCUCGGAUCAGUGUCAUCUGAAGUUGAAAAAGUUGUGCUAAUUGCCCAGCUUACUUCGGACGAAACUCUCUUGCCAGUCGUAUCGACUCUUGCUCUCACUAAAACUGACUUCGCUGCGUCUUGCUCCAUGGGUGAAGUACAAAUCUUGUUCAGCCUUCAAGAGGAAUCGGGCCCAGACUUCUCCGAAGUUGCUGAGGAUGGAUCUCAAAGGACUGUCGAUAUCUCAAGCUUUGCUUUGUUGACAUCAUCGUCGUCAAAUGGAAAGAAAUAUGCAGUCGAUUUCCGCGAUGCAUCUGACACAGCGUUUGUGGAUCUUGUCGGAAUCUUGGGUGCAGAUAGUGACGGACUGCCUGCGUUCAAAAUUGCAAUUGUGAUCGAUAUGUCUAACCCAGCGUGUUCCGAGCCAAAUCAGGUUGACAGUGGAAUUACUGUUGACUUCUAUGGCUGCGAGUACUGCUCAGUGAAUAGUGGCGAUCCAGCUUGCCAAUACACGACGGCUGAGUCCACGACUGCAGCAUCUACUACUGGAGAGGUUACACCGACGACAGCAGCGGAAACAACGACAAUCACGCCAUGUGAUCAAGACGAAAUGAGCACACUACCACCACCCACUAGAACAUCAACCACGUCGACGCCCUCCGGCGGAGUGAGUGAGCCUGCUGGUCCAUCUGGAACUACAGGGGCUGGCGGUCCAUCUGGAACUACAGGGACUGGCGGUCCAUCUGGAACUACAGGGGCUGGCAGUCCAUCUGGAACUACAGGGGCUGGCGGUCCAUCUGGAACUACAGGGGCUGGCGGUCCAUCUGGAACUACAGAGGCUGGCGGUCCAUCUGGAACUACAGGGGCUGGCGGUCCAUCUGGAACUACAGGGGCUGGCGGUCCAUCUGGAACUACAGGGGCUGGCGGUCCAUCUGGAACUACAGGGGCUGGCGGUCCAUCUCAAACUACAGGGGCUGGCGGUCCAUCUGGAACUACAGGGGCUGGCGGUCCAUCUGGAACUACAGGGGCUGGCGGUCCAUCUGGAACUACAGGGACUGGCAGUCCAUCUGUAACUACUGCGGCUGGCGCUCCAGCUGGAACUACUGGAGCUGCUGGUCCAUCUGUAACUACUGGGACUGGCAUUCCAUCCGGAACUACGGGCGCUGGUGGUCCAUCCGAAACCACAGGGGCUGGCGGCCCAUCUGGAACUACAGGGGCUGGCGGUACAUCCGAAACUACAGGGGCUGGUGCAACAUUUGGUUCAUCCGGAUCUACUGAGGCUGGUGCAACAUCUGGUCCAUCCGGAUCUACUGAGGCUGGUGCAACAUCUGGCCCAUCCGGAUCUACCGUGGCGGGCGCAACAUCUGGCCCAUCCGGAUCUACUGAGGCUGGUGCAACAUCUGGCCCAUCCAAAUCUACUGAAGCUGGUGCAACAACUGGCCCAUCCGGAUCUACCGUGUCGGGCGCAACAUCUGGCCCAUCGGGAUCUACUGAGGCGGGUGCAACAUCUGGUCCAUCCGGAUCUACUGAGGCUGGUGCAACAUCUGGUCCAUCCGGAUCUACUGAGGCUGGUGCAACAUCUGGUCCAUCCGGAUCUACUGAGGCUGGUGCAACAUCUGGUCCAUCCGGAUCUACUGAGGCUGGUGCAACAUCUGGUCCAUCCGGAUCUACUGAGGCUGGUGCAACAUCUGGCCCAUCCGGUUCUACUGAGGCUGGUGCAACAUCUGGUCCAUCCGGAUCUACCGUGGCGGGCGCAACAUCUGGUCCAUCCGGAUCUACUGAGGCUAGUGCAACAUCUGGUCCAUCUGGAUCUACGGAGGCUGGUGCAACAUCUGGUCCAUCCGGAUCUACUGAGGCUGGUGCAACAUCUGGCCCAUCGGGAUCUACUGAGGCUGGCGCAACAUCUGGCCCAUCGGGAUCUACUGAGGCUGGUGCAACAUCUGGCCCAACCGGAUCUAUUGAGGCUGGUGCAACAUCUGGUCCAUCCGGAUCUACUGAGGCUGGUGCAACAUCUGGUCCAUCCAGAUCUACUGAGGCUGGUGCAACAUCUGGUCCAUCGGGAUCUACUGAGGCUGGUGCAACAUCUGGUCCAUCCAGAUCUACUGAGGCUGGUGCAACAUCUGGUCCAUCCGGAUCUACUGAGGCUGGCGCAACAUCUGGUCCAUCCGGAUCUACAGAAGCUGGAGCAACAUCUGGUCCAUCAGCAACAACUGGGAUAGGCGAAACUUCAGGUCCAUCGGCGACUACCGGAACGGGCGGACCUUCUGGACCAUCAGGAACGACUGGAGUGGGCGGACCUUCAGGACCAUCAGGAACGACUGGAGUGGGCGGACCUUCAGGAACGACUGGAGUGGGCGGACCUUCAGGACCAUCAGGAACGACUGGAGUGGGCGGACCUUCAGGAACGACUGGAGUGGGCGGACCUUCAGGACCAUCGGCGACUACUGGAGCGGGCGGACCUUCUGGUCCAUCAGGAACGACUGGAGUGGGCGGACCUUCAGGACCAUCGGCAACUACUGGAGCGGGCGUACCUUCAGGACCAUCAGGAGUGACUAGAGCGGGCCAACCUUAUGAGUCAUCAGCAACAACUGGAGCGCAAGAGCCUUCUGUUCUUUUCGGAACCACAAUCACAUCUCCCGAUGUUGGCUUUAACUGCGCUGAAACCAAAGGGACUAUUUCAUAUGAGACAUAUGCAUACGAGGAGGCAAGUGAAGUCAUGGAAAUACAGAUCAAUCUCGCAGGAGUGUCUGCGAGCACCGAACUGUCGAUCUCUUUCACAGAUGAUAACGGUGACACGUUCUCGCUUUCACAGUCAUCGCAGACAGAGUCCUUUUUCUCAAGUGUGCCUGGAUCAUCACCUCAGUGGUUUGAUGCUGAAUCCAUCGAAGGAGGUUCCAUUUUCUUCUCAGACGAGGGUGCUGCCAUAGUCGUCAAAUCAAUCACAGUGGGCGUCAAGGGAUGUGAAGAGGGAAUUGUCGAUCUGUCUCUUGUCGGAUGCUACAAACCCACGACAACAGUUCUAUCCACCACCCCUCCUCAGCCCCCUUCCCCCUGCGAAGAGGGAAUGGAGGACUUCCAGGAGGUGCAGUCGGUGUCCGAUGGUGACUCAGAGGGUCUGACGAGCAGUGAGGACUGUGAAGUGGACAUGGAGGACGAGGGCAUGGACUACUUCGUCAAAGAGAUACCUCUCUCAGAACUCUCCCAAUUGACCGGCAUAUCUAUCUCGAGUGACGUGUCAUACGGAGUCGACUUCAGCAUGAACAUCCGAGUCGUGCUCGAGACGACAGACGAAGACGGCGACCUCGUGUACUCGGAACUGAGCGAAGCGACAAAUGAUUUCGGAGUGCCGACACUGGUUCCGAGCGCAAAACCAAAAACUCCGGAUUUCAAGAGCAAGGACGAAACUUCAGAUGCUGGAAUCAAGCUGUUCGGUGUGAGUGAUGAUGACAGUGACGGGGUCAUCGAAGUUCACUUCAGUGAAGAUGAUGCGGAGACUUACGACGCCACAAGGGUGUUUAUUGUCGUCUACCCGGACGUUGGCGUAGUCUGCGAGAAGUUCGCUUCAGCAUCCUAUUCGGUUCACGGAUGUGGACAUCCUACUACAGUUGCGACAACUCUGGGUGGCUCUUCUACCACCACUAAGUUCCUCUGCUACUACAACCCAGUGGACGACCAGACAGUGGAGAAGACUGCCGAUGAUGUCACAGAUGUGGUGGAACAACUCAUCGUGCCAGAGACCGAGUACGUGAUCAACGUGCAACUGUCCACUCCCCCCAAAGACCUGUCCAAGUGGAAGUUCUUCCUCAGUGGAGUGCAAGAUGGACUUGAGACUGUCUGGGUUCCCACGGUGAGCGAGGAGGGCUUGUUGCUGUUCGAGGAGUUGAACCCAACAGAGGAAGAGGCCGUCACUGCUGAUGUCAAGAGUGUCCUUGGUCUAACGAGUGUGGCACUUCCAGCCACAAAUGAGACUGUGAGUGUGACCUUUGAACCAGAGCAGAAGUUCGACGAACUGACCUUGAAGCUGGUCACAGAUGACCAACAAGAGGAGAGUGACGCAUUCUCGCUAGGACUCAAACACUACACCUGUCAGAACGUUGAGAAAUCCACUGUUUACUCUACAACUGAAAGCAGCACAACGAUGAUAACAACGAAACUGACCACAACUCAGACCACAGCCAAGAGCACCACCACCACUGUCAAAAUAUCCACAGUCACUCCCUGUGAAGAUACUAUGGUGGGGGCGGAGCCAGAGGUCAAGGACACGAUCAAGAACUGCGGGAAGAGCAUGGAAGACAACAUCGGGGGAGUCACCGUGGUACUCGCAGGAGCCGCAGAAGAGCCGGCAUACAUCGAAGUUGUGCAGUUGAGGGGAAUUGAGUCGCCUGACGAGGAGGAAGAAAACGAAGUGAUGUUGGCCUUCAUCACUUACGUGCCUGGAACUGACGGCGCAGAGAAAGAGAUCAAAUACGUGGAGUGGAGCGAACAGGAUGGAAGAUUCGUGGAGAGUCCAAUUCCGGCUACAAUCCCCGAGUCAAUUGUAAGACCCGUAGACGGAGUCUGGACCAUCCCUGUCGGUUUGGACUCUGACGGGGAAGCAGUGACAGCGUGGAGUGCCAACGAGAUCCAGAUCAUCGUCAAGUCAUGCGACGAGACAGAUUUGCAAGUGGCAGUAGUCGCGUGUGAAGAAGUACUGACUUCAACUUUGAAAACGACAGUCAUUCAGACUGAAUACACGACGCCGACUUCGUUCUCGACAACAAUGACAACCGCGUCCACCAGUGGAGCGACCAGUAAGUCCACGACGACAGUCACCAGUUACUCGCCAACUACUGCGACUCCGACCACUAGCGAAACGACUUUUAUAACGACACAAGUUACAACUCAAAUGGCAUGUGAGCACAAAGAUGACAUGGAGUGGAGCGAAACUUCCGAAAGCCCAUGUGACGAACCGAUGACUUUUGACGUCACUGACGAAAACGGCGACAGCGUCAUUGUUGAGGCUCUGAAGUUCGUCAACCUCGUCAGUAACGACACGGCUCCUGGAGGCGAGAAGUAUCCUGACCUCCAAGUCGCAUUCACAUUCCCCUCGUCUCCAGGUUCGGCAGAUACGACUACAAAGUAUCUUUCAUUCGUGCCUUCAGAACCAGUCCAAGUCAUAGAAGACGACAGCGAUGACGUCGUAACAGUUAAGGGAGUGUUUGCUCUCUCCGAAUUCCCAGUUCUUCUCGAAAUACCAAACAGUGUGGAUAAUCCUGAAGACAAGCCGAUAGUAUUGGAUCUGUCAUCAGACCUCACAGGUCUUGAGCGCAAUCUUGUGCAAGUGGAGAUCAACAGUUCCAAUUGCGACAAGCUGUUUGCCUCUAUUCUUACAUGCAAAAAAGUGCUCUCUACAACAACACAUGCAGCAACAACUGUCACAGAGAAUGAAGAGACUACUGCGAGAACUGAGCAAACUACAAUCGAAUCAACAGCAGGCUCACUUAGUACCACCGAAACCGUCACGAUAACUACAUACUCUUCAACCACAGGCCUUACAACAGGCGAAACUACUCCUUCUCCCUUAACUAGCGGAACUAAACCUUCUCCCACAACAAGCGGAACCACAACUUCUCCUCCAACAAGCGGAACAACACCUUCUCCCCCAACAAGCGGAACUACUCCUUCUCUCCCAACAAGCGGAACUACACCUUCUCCCACUACAAGUGGAACUACUCCUUCUCUCCCAACAAGCGGAACUACACCUUCUCCCACUACAAGUGGAACUACACCUUUUCCUCCAACAAGCGAAACUACUCCUUCUCCCCCAACAAGCGGAACUACACCUUUUCCUCCAACAAGCGAAACUACUCCUUCUCUCCCAACAAGCGGAACUACACCUUCUCCCACUACAAGUGGAACUACACCUUUUCCUCCAACAAGCGAAACUACUCCUUCUCCCCCAACAAGCGGAACUACACAUUCUCCUCCAACAAGCGGAACUACUCCUUCUCUCCCAACAAGCGGAACUACACCUUCUCCCACUACAAGUGGAACUACACCUUUUCCUCCAACAAGCGAAACUACUCCUUCUCUCCCAAAAAGCGGAACUACACCUUCUCCCCCAACAAGCGGAACUACACCUUCUCCCCCAACAAGCGAAACUACUCCUUCUCCCACAACAAGCGGAACUACACCUUCUCCUUCAACCAGCGGAACUACUCCUUCUCCCCCAACAAGCAAAACUACUCCUUCUCCCACAACAAGCGGAACUACACCUUCUCCCACAACAAGCAGAACUACUCCUUCUCUCCCAAAAAGCGGAACUACACCUUCUCCUCCAACAAGCGAAACUACACUUUCUCUUCCAACAAGCGUAACUACAACUUCUCCCACAACAAGCGAAACUGCUCCUUCUCCUCCAACAAGCAGAACUACUCCUUCUCCCACAACAAGUGGAACUACUCCUUCUCCUCCAACAAGCGGAACUACUCCUUCUCCUCCAAAAAGCGGAACUACACCUUCUCCGCCAACAAGCGAAGCUACACUUUCUCUUCCAACAAGCGUAAUUACACCUUCUCCCACAACAAGCGAAACUACUCCUUCUCCUCCAAUAAGCAAAACUACUCCUUCUCCCCCAGCAAGCGGAACUACACCUUCUCCUCCAACAAGCGGAACCACACCUUCUGCCCCAACUAGCGGAACUACACCUUCUCCUCCAACCAGCGGAACUACACCUUCUCCCACAACAAGCGGAACUUCACCUUCUCCUUUAACCAGCGGAACUACUCCUUCUCCCCCAAAAAGCGGAACUACACCUUCUCCUCCAAAAAGCGAAACAACACCUUCUCUUCCAACAAGCGUAACUACACCUUCUCCCACAACAAGCGAAACUACUCCAUCUCCUCCAACAAGCAGAACUACUCCUUCUCCCACAGCAAGCGGAACUACUCCUUCUCUCCCAAGAAGCGGAACUACACCUUCUCCUCCAACAAGCAAAACUACACCUACUCUUCUAACAAGCGUAACUACACCUUUUCCCCCAGCAAGCGGAACUACACCUUCUCCUCCAACAAGCGGAACCACACCUUCUGCCCCAACUAGCGGAACUUCACCUUCUCCCCUAAUCAGCGGAACUACUCCUUCUCCCCCAAAAAGCGGAACUACACCUUCUCCUCCAAAAAGCGAAACAACACCUUCUCGUUCAGCAAGCGUAACUACACCUUCUCCCACAACAAGUGAAACUACUCCUUCUCCUCCAACAAGUCGAACUACUCCUUCUCCCACAACAAGCGGAACUACUCCUUCUCUCCCAACAAGCGGAACUACACCUUCUCCUCCAACAAGUGAAACUACACCUUCUCUUCCAACAAGCGUAACUACACCUUUUCCGCCAGCAAGCGAAACUACACCUUCUCCCCCAACAAGCCGAACUACACCUUCUCCCACAGCAAGUGGAACUAAACCUUCUCAGACAGCAAGCGGAACUACACCUUCUCCCACAACAAGCGGAACUACCCCUUAUCCCACAACAAGCGGAACUACUCCUUCUCCUCCAACAAGCGAAACUACUCCUUCUCUACCAAAAAGCGGAACUACACCUUCUCCGCCAACAAGCGAAACUACACCUUCUCUUCCAACAAGCGUAACUACACCUUCUCCCACAACAAGCGGAACUACUCCUUCUCUUCCAACAAGCAGAACUACUCCUUCUCCCACAACUAGCGGAAUUACACCUUCUCCUCCAACAAGCGAAACUACACCUUCUCUUCCAACAAGCGUAACUACACCUUCCGUCCCAACAAGCGAAACUACACCUUCUCCCCCAACAAGCGGAAUUACAACUUCUGCUCCAACAAGCAGAACAACACCUUCUUCUCCAACAAGCGGAACUACACCUUCUCCCACAACAAGCGGAAAUACACCUUCUCCUCCAACAAGCGGAACUACACCAACUGCCCCAACUAGCGGAACUACACCUUCUCCUCCAACAAGCGGAAUCACACCUUCUCCUCCAACCAGCAGAACUACACUUUCACCCACAACAAGCGGAACUUCACCUUCUCCUCUAACCAGCGGAACUACUCCUUCUCUCCCAACAAGCGGAACCACACCUUCUCCUCCAACAAGCGAAACUACACCUUCUCUUCCAACAAGCGUAACUACACCUUCUCCCCCAGGAAGCGGAACUACACCUUUUCCCACAACAAGCGCAACUACUCCUUCUCUCCCAACAAGCGGAACUACACCUUCUCCUCCAACAAGCGAAACUACACCUUCUCUUCCAACAAGCGUAACUACACCUUCUCCCCCAGCAAGCGAAACUAAACCUUCUCCCCCAACAAGCGGAACUACUCCUUCUCCGACAGCAAGUGGAACUAAACCUUCUCACACAACAAGCGGUACCACACCUUCUGCCCCAACUAGCAGAACUACACCUUCUCCUCCAACCAGCGGAACUACACCUUCUCCCACAACAAGCGGAACUUCACCUUCUCCUUUAACCAGCGGAACUACUCCUUCUGCCCCAACUAGCAGAACUACACCUUCUCUUCCAACAAGCGUAACUACACCUUAUCCCACAACAAGCGAAACUACUCCUUCUCCUCCAACAAGCAGAACUACUCCUUCUCCCACAGCAAGCGGAACAACUCCUCUCCCAACAAGCGGAACUACACCUUCUCCUCCAACAAGCGAAACUACACCUUCUCUUCCAACAAGCGUAACUACACGUUCUCCCCCAGCAAGCGGAACUACACCUUCUCCCCCAACAAGCGGAACCACACCUUCUGCCACAACUAGCGGAACUAAACCUUCUCCUCCAACCAGCAGAACUACACCUCUUCCCCCAAAAAGCGGAACUACACCUUCUCCUCCAAAAAGCGAAACAACGCCUUCUCUUCCAACAAGCGUCACUACACCUUCUCCCACAACAAGCGAAACUACUCCUUCUCCUCCAACAAGCAGAAAUACUCCUUCUCCCACAGCAAGUGGAUCUAAACCUUCUCAGACAGCAAGCGGAACUACACCUUCUCCCACAACAAGCGGAACUACACCUUAUCCCACAACAAGCGAAACUACUCCUUCUCCUCCGACAAGCAGAACUACUCCUUCUCUACCAAAAAGCGGAACUACACCUUCUCCGCCAACAAGCGAAACUACACCUUCUCUUCCAACAAGCGUAACUACACCUUCUCCCACAACAAGCGAAACUACUCCUUCUCCUCCAACAAGCAGAACUAGUCCUUCUCCCACAACAAGCGGACUUACACCUUCUCCUCCAACAAGCGAAACUACACCUUCUCUUCCAACAAGCGUAACUACACCUUCUGCCCCAGCUAGCGAAACUACACUUUCUCCCACAACAAGCGGAACUACACCUUCUCCCCCAACAAGCGGAACUACACCUUCUCGUCCAACAAGCAGAACUACACCUUCUCCUCCAACAAGCAAAACUACACCUUCUCUUCAAACAAGCGUAACUACACCUUCUGCCCAAGCAAGCGAAACUACACCUUCUCCCCCAACAAGCGAAACUACACCUUCUCUUCCAACAAGCGUAACUACACCUUCUGCCCAAGCAAGCGAAACUACACUUUCUCCCCCAACAAGCGUAACUAUACCUUCUCCAACAACAAGCGGAACUACACCUUCUCCUCCAACAAGCGGAACUACACCUUCUGCCCCAACUAGCGGAACUACACCUUCUCCUCCAACCAGCGGAACUACACCUUCUCCCUCAACAAGCGGAACUUCACCUUCUCCUCUAACCAGCGGAACUACUCCUUCUCCCCCAGCAAGCGGAACUACACCUUCCGUCCCAACAAGCGAGACUACACCUUCUCCCCCAACAAGCGCAACUCCACCUUCUGCUCCAACAAGCAGAACAACACUUUCUUCUCCAACAAGCGGAACUACACCUUCUCCCACAACAAGCGGAACUACACCUUCUCCCACAGCAAGCGGAACUACGCCUUCUCCCCUAGCAAGCGGAACUACACCUACUCCCACAACAAGCGGAACUACACCUUUUCCUCCAACAAGCGGAAAUACACCUUCACCGCCAACAAGCGGAACUACACCUUCUCCUGCAACAAGCGGAACUAAACCAUCUGCCUCAACUAUCGGAACUACACCUUCUCCUCCAACAAGCGGAAUCACACCAUCUCCUCCAACCAGCAGAACUACACCUUCUACCACAACAAGCGGAACUUCACCUUCGCCUCUAACCAGCGGAACUACUCCUUCUCCCCCAGAAAGCGGAACUACACCUUCCGCCCCAACAAGCGAAACUACACCUUCUCCCCCAACAAGCGGAACUACACCUUAUGGUCCAACAAGCAGAACAACACCUUCUUCUCCUACAAGCGGAACUACACAUUCUCCCACAACACGUGUAACUACACCUUCUCCCACCUCAAGCGGAACAACACCAUCUCCAACAGCCAGGGGAACUACACCUACUCCCAAAACAAGCGGAACUACACCUUCUCCUCCAACAAGCGGAACUACACCUUCUACCCCAGCUAGCGGAACUACACCUUCUCUCACAACAAGCGGAACUACACCUUCUCCCACUACAAGUGGAACUACACCUUUUCCUCCAACAAGCGAAACUACUCCUUCUCUCCCAAAAAGCGGAACUACACCUUCUCCCACAACAAGCGGAACUACACUUUCUCCCACAACAAGCGGAACUACACCUUCUCCUCCAACUAGCGGAACUACUACUUCUCCCCCAACAAGCGGAACUACACCAUCUCCUCCAACAAGCAAAACGACACCUUCUCCCCCAAAAAGUGGAACUACACCUUCUCCUCCAACAAGCGAAACUACACCUUCUCCCACAAAAAGUGGAACUACACCUUCUCCCACAACAAGCAGAACUACACCUUCUCCCCCAAAAAGCGGAACUACGCCUUCUCCCCCAACAACCGGAACUACACCUUCUCCUUCAACAAGCGGAACUACACCUUCUCCCCCAGCAAGCGGAACUACACCUUCUCCUCCAACAAGCGAAACUACACCUUCUCCCACAACAAGCGGAACUACAUCUUCUCCCGCAACAAGCGGAACUACACCUUCUCCCCCAACAAGCGGAACUACACCUUCUCCUCCAACAAGCGAAACUACACCUACUCCCCCAAAAAGCGGAACUACACCUUCUCCCACAACAAGCGGAACUACACCUUCUCCCACAACAAGCGGAACUACACCUUCCCCUUCAACUAGCGGAACUACUACUUCUCCCCCAACAAGCGGAACUACACCAUCUCCUCCAACAAGCGAAACGACACCUUCUCCCCCAAAAAGCGGAACUACACCUUCUCCCACAACAAGCGGAACUACACCUUCUCCCACAACAAGCGGAACUACACCUUCUCCCCCAACUAGCGGAACUACACCUUCUCCCACAACAAGCGGAACUACACUUUCGCCUCCAACAAGCGGAACCACACCUUCUCCCCCAACAAGCGGAACUACACCUUCUCCCCCAACAAGCGGAACUACACCUUCUCCUCCAACAAGCGGAACUACACCUUCUCCCCCAACUAGCGGAACUACACCUUCUCCCACAACAAGCGGAACUACACCUUCUCCUCCAACAAGCGGAACCACACCUUCUCCCCCAACAAGCGGAACUACACCUUCUCCUCCAACAAGCGGAACCACACCUUCUCCAACAAGCGGAACUACACCUUCUCCCCUAACAAGCGGAACUACCUCUUCUCCUCCAACAAGCGGAACUACACCUUCUCCCCCAACAAGCGGAACUACACCUUCUCCUCCAACAAGCGGAACUACACCUUCUCCCCCAGCAAGCGGAACUACACCUUCUCCCCCAACAAGCGGAACUACAGCUUCUCCUCCAACAAGCGAAACUUCACCUUCUCCCCCAAAAAGCGGAACUACACCUUCUCCCCCAACAAGCGGAACUACAGCUUCUCCUCCAACAAGCGAAACUUCACCUUCUCCCCCAAAAAGCGGAACUACACCUUCUCCCACAACAAGCGGAACUACACCUUCUCCCACAACAAGCGGAACUACACCUUCUCCCCCAACUAGCGGAACUACACCUUCUCCCACAACAAGCGGAACUACACCAUCUCCUCCAACAAGCGAAACGACACCUUCUCCCCCAAAAAGCGGAACUACACCUUCUCCCACAACAAGCGGAACUACACCUUCUCCCACAACAAGCGGAACUACACCUUCUCCCCCAACUAGCGGAACUACACCUUCUCCCACAACAAGCGGAACUACACUUUCGCCUCCAACAAGCGGAACCACACCUUCUCCCCCAACAAGCGGAACUACACCUUCUCCCCCAACAAGCGGAACUACACCUUCUCCUCCAACAAGCGGAACUACACCUUCUCCCCCAACUAGCGGAACUACACCUUCUCCCACAACAAGCGGAACUACACCUUCUCCUCCAACAAGCGGAACCACACCUUCUCCCCCAACAAGCGGAACUACACCUUCUCCUCCAACAAGCGGAACCACACCUUCUCCAACAAGCGGAACUACACCUUCUCUCCUAACAAGCGGAACUACCUCUUCUCCUCCAACAAGCGGAACUACACCUUCUCCCCCAACAAGCGGAACUACACCUUCUCCUCCAACAAGCGGAACUACACCUUCUCCCCCAGCAAGCGGAACUACACCUUCUCCCCCAACAAGCGGAACUACAGCUUCUCCUCCAACAAGCGAAACUUCACCUUCUCCCCCAAAAAGCGGAACUACACCUUCUCCCCCAACAAGCGGAACUACAGCUUCUCCUCCAACAAGCGAAACUUCACCUUCUCCCCCAAAAAGCGGAACUACACCUUCUCCCACAACAAGCGGAACUACACCUUCUCCCACAACAAGCGGAACUACACCUUCUACCCCAACUAGCGGAACUACACCUUCUCCCACAACAAGCGGAACUACACCUUCUCCCCCAAAAACAAGCGGAACUACACCUUCUCCCCCAACAAGCGGAACUACACCUUCUCCUCCAACAAGCGAAACUUCACCUUCUCCCCCAAAAAGCGGAACUACACCUUCUCCCACAACAAGCGGAACUACACCUUCUCCCACAACAAGCGGAACUACACCUUCUCCUCCAACAAGCGAAACUACACCUUCUCCCCCAACAAGCGGAACUACACCUUCUCCUCCAACAAGCGAAACUACACCUUCUCCUCCAAAAAGCGGAACUACAACUUCUCCCACAACAAGCGGAACUACACCUUCUCCCACAACAAGCGGAACUGCACCUUCUCCUCCAACAAGCGAAACUACACCUUCUCCCCCAACAAGCGGAACUACACCUUCUCCUCCAACAAGCGAAACUACACCUUCUCCUCCAAAAAGCGGAACUACAACUUCUCCCACAACAAGCGGAACUACACCUUCUCGCACAACAAGCGAAACUACACCUUCUCCCCCAACAAGCGGAACUACACCUUCUCCUCCAACAAGCGAAACUACACCUUCUCCUCCAACAAGCGGAACCACACCUUCUCCCCCAACAAGCGGAACUACACCUUCUCCACCAACAAGCGCAACUACACCUUCUCCUCCAACAAGCGGAACUACACCUUCUCCCCCAGCAAGCGGAACUACACCUUCUCCCUCAACAAGCGGAACUACACCUUCUCCUCCAACAACCGAAACUUCACCUUCUCCCCCAAAAAGCGGAACUACACCUUCUCCCACAACAAGCGGAACUACGCCUUCUCCUCCAAAAAGCGGAACUACAACUUCUCCCCCAGCAAGCGGAACUGCACCUUCUCCUCCAACAAGCGAAACUACACCUUCUCCCCCAACAAGCGGAACUACACCUUCUUCUCCAACAAGCGAAACUACACCUUCUCCUCCAAAAAGCGGAACUACAACUUCUCCCCCAGCAAGCGGAACUACACCUUCUCCUCCAACAAGCGAAACUACACCUUCUCCCCCAACAAGCGGAACUACACCUUCUCCUCCAACAAGCGAAACUACACCUUCUCCUCCAAAAAGCGGAACUACAACUUCUCCCACAACAAGCGGAACUACACCUUCUCCCACAACAAGCGGAACUGCACCUUCUCCCCCAACUAGCGGAACUACUACUUCUCCCCCAACAAGCGGAACUACACCUUCUCCUCCGACAAGCGAAACUACACCUUCUCCCCCAAAAAGCGGAAUUACAUCUUCUCCCCCAACAAGCGGAACUACACCUUCUCCUCCAACAAGCGGAACUACACCUUCUCCCCCAACUAGCGGAACUACACCUUCUCCCACAACAAGCGGAACUACACCUUCUCCUCCAACAAGCGGAACCACACCUUCUCCCCCAACAAGCGGAACUACACCUUCUCCACCAACAAGCGGAACUACACCUUCUCCUCCAACAAGCGGAACUACACCUUCUCCCCCAGCAAGCGGAACUACACCUUCUCCCCCAACAAGCGGAACUACACCUUCUCCUCCAACAACCGAAACUUCACCUUCUCCCCCAAAAAGCGGGACUACACCUUCUCCCACAACAAGCGGAACUACGCCUUCUCCCAUAACAAGCGGAACUACACCAUCUCCCCCAACUAGCGGAACUACACCUUCUCCCACAACAAGCGGAACUACACCUUCUCCCCCAACUAGCGGAACUACUACUUCUCCCCCAACAAGCGGAACUACACCUUCUGCUCCAACAAGCGAAACUACACCUUCUCUCACAGCAAGCGGAACUACACCUUCUGCCACAGCAAGCGGAACUACACCUUCUCCCACAACAAGCGGAACUACACCUUCUCCCCCAGCAAGCGGAACUACACCUUCUCCCCCAGCAAGCGGAACUACACCUUCUCCCCCAACAAGCGGAACUACACCUUCUCCUCCAACAACCGAAACUUCCUCUACUCCCCCAAAAAGCGGAACUACACCUUCUCCCACAACAAGCGGAACUACGCCUUCUCCCAUAACAAGCGGAACUACACCAUCUCCCCCAACUAGCGGAACUACACCUUCUCCCACAACAAGCGGAACUACUACUUCUCCCCCAACAAGCGGAACUACACCUUCUGCUCCAACAAGCGAAACUACAUCUUCUCCCACAGCAAGCAGAACUACACCUUCUCCCACAACAAGCGGAACUACACCUUCUCCCCCAGCAAGCGGAACUACACCUUCUCCUCCAACAACCGAAACUUCCUCUACUCCCCCAAAAAGCGGAACUACACCUUCUCCCACAACAAGCGGAACUACGCCUUCUCCCAUAACAAGCGGAACUACACCAUCUCCCCCAACUAGCGGAACUACACCUUCUCCCCCAACUAGCGGAACUACUACUUCUCCCCCAACAAGCGGAACUACACCUUCUGCUCCAACAAGCGAAACUACAUCUUCUCCCACAGCAAGCAGAACUACACCUUCUCCCACAACAAGCGGAACUACACCUUCUCCCCCAGCAAGCGGAACUACACCUUCUCCCCCAACAAGCGGAACUACACCUUCUCCUCCAACAAGCGAAACUUCACCUUCUCCCCCAAAAAGCGGAACUACACCUUCUCCAACAACAAGCGGAACUACACCUCCUCCCACAACAAGCGGAACUACACCUUCUCCCCCAACUAGCGGAACUACUAUCUCUCCCCCAACAAGCGGAACUACACCUUCUCCUCCAACAAGCGAAACUACACCUUCUCCCCCAAAAAGCGGAACUACACCUUCUCCCACAACAAGCGGAACUACUACUUCUCCCCCAACAAGCGGAACUACUACUUCUCCCCCAACAAGCGGAACUACACCUUCUCCUCCAACAAGCGAAACUACACCUUCUCCCCCAAAAAGCGGAACUACACCUUCUCCCACAACAAGCGGAACUACACCUUCUCCUCCAACAAGCGAAACUACACUUUCUCCCCCAAAAAGCGGAACUACACCUUCUCCCACAACAAGCGGAACUACUACUUCUCCCCCAACAAGCGGAACUACUACUUCUCCCCCAACAAGCGGAACUACACCUUCUCCUCCAACAAGCGAAACUACACCUUCUGCCCCAAAAAGCGGAACUACACCUUCUCCCACAACAAGCGGAACUACAACUUCUCCUCCAACAAGCGAAACUACACCUUCUCCCCCAACAAGCGGAACUACUACUUCUCCCCCAACUAGCGGAACUACACCUUCUCCCACAACAAGCGGAACUACACCUUCUCCCCCAACUAGCGGAACUACUACUUCUCCCCCAACAAGCGGAACUACUACUUCUCCCCCAACAAGCGGAACUACACCUUCUCCUCCAACAAGCAAAAUUACACCUUCUCCCCCAAAAAGCGGAACUACACCUUCUCCCACAACAAGCGGAACUACACCUUCUCCCCCAACUAGCGGAACUACACCUUCUCCCACAACAAGCGGAACUACACCUUCUCCCCCAACUAGCGGAACUACUACUUCUCCCCCAACAAGCGGAACUACACCUUCUCCCCCAACUAGCGGAACUACACCUUCUCCUCCAACUAGCGGAACUACACCUUCUCCCCCAACUAGCGGAACUACACCUUCUCCUCCAACAAGCGAAACUUCACCUUCUCCCCCAACAGGCGGAACUACUACUUCUCCCCCAACAAGCGGAACUACUACUUCUCCCCCAACAAGCGGAACUACUACUUCUCCCCCAACAAGCGGAACUACACCUUCUCCCACAACAAGCGGAACUACCUCUUCUACAACAUGGGGAUCUACAACAACUACUAUGCGUUCCACCUCUUAUGUCAGAACGACCUCCACUGCAACUGAAACGUGUGCUAUUUGUUCUGUCGGUGCAGCAAUGGAUAAUUUGGUGGAUGCUUCGACUAUCAGUCUGCAGCUUGAGCAGUGUCAUGAGUCAGUGAAUCAAAUUAAACUACAGUUUGAUGCUUUGCCUGCAUCCAGCUUCAACUUUAAUAUCGUUGUUAAAACUCUUGAUGGCAGUUUGUACCUGGUCACCUUCUCAGAUUUUGGAUCCGGCUACACGAAGUUCACAUCCAAUCGCAAGAAACUAGCAGCUGCAUCUGGAGUAGAGUUCACGACUAGCACUGACCCCCUGCCACCUCCGGUUCAAGCUGCCGAAGCUGAAUUCGACGAAGGUACUUCGGUCGCCUUCACCUGGUCUCUGCCGACGCCAGAGGACGACGUCGAGAUCCAGAGAAUCUACCUGUACGUCAUCUCUGACGUGGCUACAGUUGCAGGACCAUCGUCGGCAAGUGUCUUUGUGGAUACCGGUGCUCUAUUGAACACCAGCGACCCUCUGCAUUGCUCUGACAGUUGCGAUGAUUUCUCGGACCAUGAAUGUACAAUUUCUACAACUGCUGAACAGUCGACUACAAUCCCAGGAACUACAACGGAACCACCACCAGUGUGCAUUGACCUUGAAAGAAACCUGACAUGUGGCGACUUCUUCUUCGGCUCGUGGAGUCUCAACUGCGACGAGAGGGACUUAGCCGCCCCCUCAAUCAGCAACAACUGCAUGAUGGAGUGUGACCCCCUCAACGUCACAGUACAUGUCUGUGCCGGAACAUGCACCCCCGAUGAGUGUGACGCGGGUGCCGGCAAGGAACUCGUGGAAGACAAGGGUCAAAACUGGUGUCAGUACACUUGUUUCGGAGCCACCAACCCUGAAUUGUGCGCUGCCGGAGCUUCCGAAGACUACGUACCUACAGGAUUGACGCCCGACUACAAGUGUGUAUGUGCCGAGGGCACAUAUUACGACAUGGUAACCGAGAGCUGCGUGUCUAAGGACGAGUGCUCGUGCAGUUUGCCUCUGAUGCUUCUGGACCGAUCAGUGUCAGCUCUGGAACUGGCCGCAUUCACCGGAUCAAAGGCGGCAUGGAAUGUGAUACAACUGUUCGCAGCUGAUGAGAUCGAUAUGGACGACUGUGCAUUGACUCCUGAACUGGGAAUACCUUGUCACUUCAAGUGUGAUGCGGGAAAGAUGAACGUGACUUAUGGAUGCAGAUGCAGCUACAACGGAGUAGAAUAUGGAGUGGGUGAGACCAUUAUGAACUUCACCGUUCCUGAUGCGGAGAUGAGCAAGGCGAAGGACAGCGACUGUAUGGAGGCUAUUUGUGCAGAUGAGUACGGAACAAUCGACUACAUAUCCUCCGAGACUGACGUCACCCUCGAGGAGUGCCAGGAGAUGUAUAAGGACGAGACAGGCACAGUGAUGAUACAACAAGAGAAGUGUGGAACCAGGUGUGCGCUGAUUGAAGUGUGCUGCGAUUUACACCACGAUGUUCGCAACCUCACUACUACAUUCGAAGACACCAACGAUGACGGCGAGUCCGAGAUGUUCCUGUGCGAAAGCAGCGACCUUGUUCCGAUCGCCUGGUGUGAGGGAGAGUGCGGCAGGAGUACCUCAAUCAUGGACCUAUUCCACGCCGAUCGGAACCCUGACGAGGAGUGCAACUGCUGCAAGUCGAAGGAGAUCAUCAAAAAGACAGUGGAGUUCAAAUGUUUGGUGUUCAAAACUGAACUUGUGUUGGCCAAUGACGGUAUGGAGUCGCUUCCAGUGUUGCGCAGGGAUGUUAUCGUGAACAGAGAUGUCCCGGUAGCACAGAAGGAGUGUCUGUGCAACAUGUGUGAUGAGGCUGAUAACGUGACCGUUAACACGGCCGAGACGGGAGUGGUGGAUGACUUCCGAUUCUCGUUCUGGGAUUACCAGACCGCGUCUCCAUUGAAGAAUUGUCGCUUCCAGUUCGACGGAGCCAACGUCACAUCCUCUGGAACCCUCUCAGGGAGCCAAUCUGUGGAUGUAGCUGUGGUCUACAUUGGCGACCAGUACUCUGUAGAUUGCCCGGGCUACUUCCCAGUGGAGGGCACGAUUAACCAACGCGAUAUCCAGCAGGGAUCCCACUACUUCGACAUGGUCCAGCAACCAGCUGAAAAUGACACUCUGUUCUCGCUGCAAUGGACGGUCGCAAAUGACGUUAGUCUGGAUAUCUACUUCAUCUGCGAAGACACUUUCGAGGGUGAAGCAAUAGUGCUGAAGGGAGACAUUGCCGCGGGCGAGACUGGGUGCGAGGGGUCUAAGGCCACAGUCUCUCACGACUCCAGUUCGGGAGUGAUAGCCGAAGAGAUUCUCCUCAAAAACACACCUCAGAAGGAUCUCAGAGUGCUCGUAGCCAGAUACGACAAAAUAAAUAAGAAUGGCGAGCAGGCAGAGAAGCCCACAGGCGCCAUUUUGAAGAGGUACAGUCACGAUGGCCUGGUACCUGGAUCCACAUCUAAGAUCAGCUUCAUUGAGGAGGAUGACAUCACCAUCAUCGGUUUCAUGUACGGAACCCGAUUCAUCCGACAGUCUGAAUUCUUUGCGUCGGCCAAGAACGACUACCUACCAGUACUUAUUGACUCGAUGGCUGCUGCCUUCGAUAUCGGACAGAGCUCCUUUGAUCAUCAAGCGAACGUCGAGGAGGUGUUCCACAAUGUCGAGGCCAUUCAAGAUGCGAACCCCUUCUUCGGAGCAUACGACUACUAGACGUGGAAAAAAGCCGCAAAGUAACAAAAAAAUGCGCGAUUAGCAAUACUAUUUUUCUAGGAUUCGGAAAUCGGUUAAAGAUUUAAAAAUACUUGACUGACUCACUCGAAGAAUCUGAAUCACUUGACUCCACAACUGAAACUGCCGACCUCAGUUAAAGAUUUACUGCACUAGAUAGAUUAAAGGGGGCGGUUACUCUACCAAAUUUUGACCAUAUGACCAUUGAAGACGAAUGAAUUGAAACUGUUGACUCAA